CAACUGCCGCCGACAACACCACUGCCACUGCCACCGCUAUGCCAGGUAACGACACCGACAUUGCCACCCUCAUCGCUGGCCUGAACGGUAUUGGAAACUUCAAGAUCUUGUCGGGACUUCUGGCGCAGUUCCCUGAGCAGGUGAGUGGUGCCGUGGUAGUCUCUGAGUAAUGCUGUGCAAGAGGAUCCAGCUCUAAUUCCGCGAUGAUUCUCUCUGCACUCCCUCCUAACGUCUUCUCCAGAUUGGCAAGAUUGUCACUGGUGACCAGAACGUGACACUGUUGGCACCGAACGAUGCUGCUCUGUCGAAGCUCAACGCCACCUUGAGCAAGGCACCCAAGGACAUGCUCUUCGCUCUCCUCUCCUACCACGUCGUCAUGGGCAACUACCCAUCCAAGUCCUUCUUCGAGUCCAACCACUCUGUCCUGCCCACUAUGCUCAACAAUGCCUCGUACGUGAUGCUCCCCGAGGAGGCUCCCCAGAAGGUCGUCAUCAGCAAGAACGGUGGCGUGCCCGUCGUCGUGACCAACGAGGGCAACAUCAGCUUCGUCAAGACCAACACGGACAUCAGCACUGGCAAGCUCAGCCUCUACCCUCUCACUGGCGCCCUGACCAUCCCAGGCAACCUCUCUACCACCCUCAAGGCCACCAACUUCACCUCUCUCAACGACGGCAUUGCCGCAGCUAACCUCUCCGAGACCCUCACCAACGUCAACGGCCUGACCAUCUUCGCUCCUACUAACGCUGCCUUUGCCAAGGCCCAGAAUGCUCUGCGGAACGCCACUGGUGCCGAGCGUGUGGCUGCUUUCAGCGGACACAUCCUCAACGGUACCGUUGCCUACAGCUCUGACCUCUCGAAGCAAGCCGCCGUUGCCCUCAAGGACAUGAGCACCAUGAUCGACAACAGCACCCACCUCGUCGGCACCCUCAUUGCCGCCGGUGGCCAGUCUGUCAACCUGACCGUGUCCAUGAACGGUACUCUGUCCCUCGUGUCUGGCAACUACUCGGCCAAGAUUGUGUCCACCGACCACCUGUACAACGGUGGUGUAGUCCACGGAAUCGACGCUGUCCUGCUCAACACCAAGACUGACCCUGCUGCUGCUGCCAAGGCUGCUGCCAACAACGGCGACGCCACUGGCACUGACAGUGAAGCUUCUGGUGCCUCGCAGGUCAGCAUGGCUGGCGUCAGCGUCCUCAUCACUGGUCUGUUGCUUGCUUCCGGCCUUGCCCUGAUCAUCUAAGAGUACGACUUGGCAAUAGUCGGAAGAGACUGUCUGUCCACUUGGACAUGAAGUAGACAGACAAGUUGCGUUGCUCGGAGUCACUUUCCAGUCAAUUUGUGCUAGCUCCUAUCGCUCUUUCUCCUCCGCUAGACCCUUUGCUCGCUGCUCUUCACCUCCGCUCUCCCCUUGUCUUCUCGCCACUCUUUACCUUUGCCCCCUUUACUUUUCGCAGUGGCUCUUUGCACUUCAGCUCCGCUCCACUUUGUGAGCCCCCUUUUUACUACUUCAACUUCAAACCCUCUUUCCCUCUACACCCUGUUUUCCUCCCUUUUUUCCAGUUUCGAAAAAUCCUAAUUGAUACCACACCUUUUGAACAACUUGACGAACCUCUCAGCGGAACGAGGUACGAGGGAUCUGAGUGCGUGGGAGGGCGCGGUGGUGGCCAAGGUUGCGGAGUGACUGGGUGGAUGGGCGUCGAGGGCGGUCUGUCUGGCCGGUGCAUGGGCGUACGGCUGGCU